GUUUGGGACUCCAGGCAAAGAGGGCUCGUGGAGUGGGCGCCCAGAAGACGUGCCUUCUUCGCCCCGUCGGAGCACCCCCUCCUGCCCUGCAGAGCAGUCGCUUGCCACGGAAAUCUCCCCCAAACUAAAUCAGACAUGGCAUCUGAAAAAAAGCAACCGGAUUCCAGUUCGGCUCCAGCCCCUGUGACUUUGCCUGCACCCCUCAGUGACGUGAAGAUUAAAUAUACGAAGAUAUUUAUAAACAAUGAGUGGCAUGAUUCAGCUAGUGGCAAAAAAUUCCCUGUCCUUAACCCUGCAACUGGAGAGAAAAUCUGUGAAGUGGAAGAAGGAGAUAAGGAGGAUGUUGACAAGGCUGUUAAAGCAGCAAGAAAAGCUUUUGAGCUUGGAUCCCGCUGGCGCACAAUGGAUGCUUCUGAAAGAGGAAAGCUGCUGAACAAACUGGCUGAUUUAAUUGAACGGGAUCGGCUCCUAUUAGCUACUAUGGAGAGCAUUAAUGCAGGGAAACUCUUUUCCAAUGCCUACUUAAUGGACUUAGGCGGCUGUAUCAACACUUUACGCUACUGUGCAGGUUGGGCCGAUAAAAUCCAUGGGCGUACCAUCCCAAUGGAUGGAAACUAUUUCACAUAUACAAGGCAUGAGCCUGUUGGAGUCUGUGGUCAAAUUAUACCUUGGAACUUCCCACUGGUGAUGUUCAUCUGGAAGAUUGCCCCAGCUCUCUGUUGUGGAAACACUGUGGUCGUCAAACCAGCAGAACAGACUCCACUCACUGCGAUUCAUAUGGGCUCUCUAAUUAUAGAGGCAGGAUUUCCACCAGGAGUUGUGAAUAUUGUUUCAGGAUAUGGACCCACUGCUGGAGCAGCCAUUUCCAAUCAUAUGGACAUAGAUAAAGUGGCAUUCACAGGCUCCACUGAGGUUGGAAAGAAGAUCAAAGAAGCUGCUGGAAGGAGCAACUUGAAGAGGGUCACUCUGGAACUUGGAGGGAAAAGUCCCAAUAUCAUCUUUGCUGAUGCUGAUAUGAACUGUGCAGUUGAAUAUGCACACAUUGGCCUAUUCUACCAUCAGGGGCAAUGUUGUAUAGCUGGAUCUAGAAUUUUUGUGGAAGAGCCAAUCUAUGAUGAAUUUGUACGUAGGAGUGUGGAAAGAGCUAAGAAAAUUGUCGUUGGAAAUCCUCUGACUCCUGGAAUACAUCAAGGUCCUCAGAUUGAUAAGGAGCAGUAUGAUAAAAUACUGGCAAUGAUUGAGAGUGGGAAAAAAGAAGGAGCCAAACUGCAUUGUGGAGGAGGGCCCUGGGGAGACAAAGGCUUCUUCAUCCAGCCCACAGUUUUCUCUGAUGUUACAGAUGACAUGCUCAUUGCAAAAGAGGAGAUAUUUGGACCAGUGCAGAUGAUUAUGAAAUUCAAAACUAUAGAUGAAGUCAUCAAAAGAGCAAACAACACUUCUUAUGGCCUAGCAGCUGCAGUAUUUACCAAAGACAUCGAUAAAGCUUUGACAUUUACAUCUGCUCUUCAAGCUGGAACAGUCUGGGUUAACUGCUAUAGUGCAGUGUCUGCUCAAUGUCCUUUUGGAGGAUUCAAAAUGUCUGGAAAUGGCCGUGAGCUGGGAGAAUAUGGCCUUCAUGAAUAUACAGAAGUCAAAACUGUCACAAUCAAAAUUCCACAGAAGAAUUCGUAAAGUCAUUGCAGGAGAGAGGACUUGACAGUAUUUUUGGCUAAACAAAAUUGUGAAGGCCUGCAAUACUGCAAAACGUUUUGUAGCUGAAAUUUUCAUUUAAACUUUGAUUGUUUUUCUUUCUGUCUAUCACAACAAAUGCUUUUAACCACUAUUCACAGUUGUUUUUAGAAAUUCUUUAACCUGUUUCACUGAGAAAGGGAAAUCUUAAUGCUAAUAUCAAACAUGUUUGUAAUGUUAGUGAAAAGAGUAAUUUCCUGUUUAAGUAUAUCUAUGGUUCUGUGGAAAACAAAUUGUUGACAAAUGAUAUUUACACAGCUUGGGUGAGGCAUUGUCUAUGGCAUUGUUAGCUGUCUUUGUUAUGAACUUGGCACAAGCAGUCACGUGUGUAUCCAAUGCUUUGUUAUUGGGGAAAAUCAUUAACAACCUUAUGGUGUAUAUUCAGAUCUGUUCAUACUAACUUUUGUACAAAAGUGCUUUGGAUGUACACUUUAUUAAAAUCUACACAUUAAACUGUUACAAAAUCA